UGACAAUUAUCAGCAGAGGGCAAUAUUCUAAGUUGUGGAAGAAAGCAGACAUGCCAGAAUGGAGACCCUGCAGUAUGAAACUAAAGACCUAUACAGGGGAAAGGAUGGAAGUGCUGGGUCAAGCUACAGUAACGGUGGAAAUCCAAAAUGUAAAAAAAGAAAUGACAAUGGUUGUGGUAGAUGGAGAGGAGCCUAACUUGUUGGGGCGAAGCUGGCUGAAAGAUUUUGGGCUGUUGCCACAGCUGGUAAAUCAAGUAACAGCAGUGCCGACAUGGAAGAUAGCAGAUGUGUUAGAUAGACACGCAGAGGUGUUUAAAGAAGAGCUGGGGCAGCUCAAAGGCACCACAGCUAAAAUUCAUGUCAACCCCGAGGCCCAACCACGAUUCUUUAAGCCCAGACGUAUUCCUUUUGCAGUCAAGCCCUUGGUGGAGGCUGAGCUCCAGAGACUGGUUGAGGAGAAAAUUAUUGAACCAGUGCAGUUUGCGGAGUGGGCAGCUCCUAUCGUGCCGGUGAGGAAACCAGGUGGCUCUAUUCGAAUUUGUGGACAUUAUAAACUCACAGUAAAUAGAGCAUCCAGUGUGGAACAAUAUCCCAUUCCAAAAGUGGAAGAUUUGUUCACUCAGUUAGCUGGAGGUCAGAAAUUUUCCAAACUGGACAUGAGCCAUGCGUAUCAGCAAAUUAUGCUGGAUGAAAGUGCAAAGAAAUAUGUCACUGUUAACACACACAAGGGACUGUACACAUACUGUAGACUACCUUUUGGGGUGGCAUCAAGUCCAGCCAUUUUCCAACGCACCAUGGAGGGAAUUCUCCAAAACUUGAAGCACGUUGUGGUGUAUUUGGAUGACAUAUUAGUCACAGGAGCUAAUGAUGAAGAGCAUCUGAGGAAUCUGGAGGAGGUUCUGAGGAGACUAAAAUCGAGUGGAUUGAGACUAAAAAGGAGCAAAUGUGAGUUCCUGGGAGAGGAAGUGGUAUUCCUGGGCCACCGCAUCAGUGCUGCAGGCGUGCAGCCAGACGCAGAAAAGGUGCAAGCGAUACAGGAAGCCCCCAUGCCACAGACAGUGAGUGAACUGAAGGCUUAUCUAGGCUUGUUAAACUAUUAUCAUAAGUUUGUGCCCAUUCUGUCCACAGUGUUGGCACCCUUGCACAGGUUGUUGAAGAAGGAAACAAAGUGGACAUGGGGCUCUGAGCAGGAAGAAUCUUUUGCGAAGUCAAAAGAGCUUCUCCAGUCAUCUGCUUUACUAGUGCACUACGAUCCUACCAAACCUCUUAUCUUGGCGUGUGAUGCUUCACCAUAUGGAGUAGGGGCUGUUUUGUCUCACAGGAUGGAAGACGGGACUGACAGACCAAUAGGAUUUGUAUCACGGACGUUAAAUGCAGCAGAAAAGAAUUACUCACACUUGGAUAAGGAGGGUUUGGCCGUCCUGUUCGGGGUAAAGAAAUUCCACACAUAUGUGUAUGGCAGACCCUUUACCAUUGUGACUGAUCACAAGCCCCUGAUAGCACUGUUUAAUGAGUUCAGAGAAGUGCCACAGAUGGCUUCUCCACGUAUUCAAAGAUGGGCUGUGACUUUAGGGGGGUAUGAGUACACUAUUGUGUAUCGAGCAGGGCGUGAGCAUGAAAAUGCUGAUGGGCUGAGCCGGUUGCCACUGUCGGAAAAAGGAGUGGAAACCCCAGCAGAGGAGGAGAGAGUGCUACUGUUGGACGAGAAUGAUGUUUCAUUGGUUAAAGCAGAGCAGGUGGAAAAAUGGAUUGUUAAAGAUCCUGUGUUGGCUCGAGUAAGGGAGUACGUGCUUAGAGGAUGGCCCAAGACAGUGGAGGAUCCAGCUUUUGGAGUAUACCUUAAAAAACAGGAUGAACUGAGUGUCCAGGGAGGAUGUGUAUUGUGGGGUGCCCGCGUAGUAAUUCCACCCCAAGGCCGGGCAGCCAUACUCAGACAGUUACACAGUGGCCAUCCAGGCAUAACCAGAAUAAAAGGGUUGGCACGGAGCUAUGUAUGGUGGCCCCAGAUGGAUGCUGCUGUGGAAGGGCUGGUAAAAACAUGUAUCAGAUGUCAGGAGAGCAGGAACACCCCUCCUUGUGCACCCUUACACCCUUGGGAAAUUCCACAGCUGCCAUGGAGAAGGAUCCAUAUUGAUUAUGCUGGUCCGUGGCAAGGGAAAAUGUUCCUGAUUCUGGUGGAUGCGUACUCUAAAUGGAUAGAGGUGUUUCCUUUGAAUAAUUCUACAUCUGCUGUUACCAUCCAGUGCCUGAGACAAAGUUUUAGCCAGCAUGGGUUACCGGAAAUAGUGGUGUCGGACAAUGGCAGUUGUUUCACGAGUAAGGAAUUUCAGGAAUUUAUGAGUCGUAAUGGCAUCAAGCACAUAACCACGGCACCAUACCAUGCAGCUUCUAACGGUUUGGCUGAACGAGCUGUGCAAACGUUCAAGAGUCUAAUGAAAAAGAGCACAGGAGAUUCCAUUGAGGCCAGGCUUGCCAGAGUGUUGUUCAGUUAUCGAAUUACACCACAGUCGACUACGGGAAAAUCACCUGCAGAGCUGUUGUGUGGACGCAAACUGAGGUCUACCCUGGAUCUUGUUCAUCCUGACUUUAAAAGCCAAGUGCAAAACAAGCAAUUGAAGCAGAAGUGGUAUCAUGAUCUGCAUGCAAAAGAGAGACAUGUGAGUGUUGGUGAAAUUGUGUAUACCAAGAACUUCAGUUUAGGACCUACCUGGAUUCCAGGAACAGUGCAGAAAAGGACGGGACCCUUGUUGUAUACCAUCGCACUUGGUAAUGGCCAGGUAGUGCGUCGGCACAUUGAUCAGGAGAGGACCAGACAGGUGGCAUCUCCGGCUGAAACAGCUGUGGGGUUGGAUACUUCCUUGCAAGAGUUGGAGGAGUGGCCAUUGCCUGAAUCAGUGGACCCUGUACCAUCAGGGAACAGUGUUGGACAGCAGGCAAGUGGAAUUACACCCGAGGUCACUGUGUCAGGGACUGUGAAGGCAGAGGAGCAGCCGGAACUCAGAAGGUCUGCGAGGACAAAGAAGUUGCCCAGUUACUUAAAAGACUAUGCUUAG